CCAAGAAAACAGCUGUUGCGCGUGCAAAAACUGCAUUUAUAUUGUUAUUUACUAUAUUUACUCGAAAUUAAGAUGGCCGCAAAUAUAGCCGCCGCAGCUGCAGCUGCCCAGGAAGUGGAUCCUGUGCUGAAAAAGGCCAUCAAGUUGCUGCACUCCAGUAAUCCCACCUCGGCAGCCGAAUUGCGUCUGCUUUUGGACGAGGCUUUGAAGACUCGUUUUGGUCCGGAAAAGAGUUUAACCAACAACAUGACUCCACGGAUGCUGGAGGAUGAGGCCAACUUUGUCGGUCGGGCUGCCACGCCACCGCAGCAGCCCAUCAAUACGGACGAGAUCAUCAAUUUGACCAACUCACCGGACAAGGAGCCCUCCGAUUCGGUGGACACCAUUGCUGAUUCGGAUGACGGUCUGAGUGCCGUGGGAAUAGUUAAUACCGGAGACACCGGCGACUUUGGUGAUCUCAAUUGCUGCGUGUGCGGCGAGAUGGUUUUCACGGCCACCAACCGGCUGAUUGAGUGCUCCAAGUGCGGCGCCAUGUACCAUCAGGAGUGCCACAAGCCACCCAUCACAAAGGAGGAGGCUGCCGAUGAUCAGGAGCAGAACUGGCAGUGCGACACGUGCUGCAACAAGCCAACGAGCAGUGGGAAGACAGCAUCCUCGGCAGCGGCCGUAACGCCAACUGUCUUUAUAGCCGACGAACCCAUGCCGUUGACCAGCAAAGCCAAAUCGUCGGCAGCCUCGUCGCGCUCAUCGAACUCUUCCAACUCCUCGUCGCCCUUCUACCGGCCCGAACCCAGCAGCUCCACCAAUGCCAGUAGCAGUAGCAGUAGCAAGCAUGGCCAUAAGUCCUCCUCUUCGUCGUCGUCCAAAUCGCACAAAGAAGAUCGAUCGUCUAAAUCCACUACGGCGCCUUCACUUAGCGCCAUCGGCAGCCUGGAGAAGCACAGCAGCAGUGGCACCACCUCAUCGCGACGCAGCAGCUCCAGCAACAAGUCCAGCUCCAAGAGCAGUUCCUCCAAACAUCACGAAAGCGGCAGCAGCAGCAAGCGCAGAUCAAAGCAGUAAUUUAGCAUUCCUUAUAAUUAAGUAUAAAGUUAAAAUCUACAUACGAUUCUGAACGUUUAAUAGGGAUUUCGAAAUUAAACCAGAAAUCAUUUCAAAUAAAUGACUUUUAUACAUAAUACAUACAGCCGUGGACGUAUAAAUAGCACAAAAUGAA